CGCCGCGCGCGGUGCAGGGACCCGCAGCCCCCGCCGGCCGGGUCGGGCGGCCCAGGGCCCCACCUUCCUCUUUCUCCCCGGCCACAGCCCGCCCAUCACAGUUGAGGAGCUGUUUGCCUGAAGUGAAUUUCCGGAGGCAGGAGCCCCCAGGGCUGGCCAGGGGAUGAACCGCGAGGGGGCGCCCGGGAAGAGCCCGGAGGAGACGUACAUUCAGCAGAAGGUUCGAGUGCUGCUCAUGCUGAGGAAGAUGGGAUCAAAUCUGACGGCCAGCGAGGAGGAGUUCCUGCGCACCUAUGCGGGGGUGGUGAACAGCCAGCUCAGCCAGCUCCCCCAGCACUCCAUCGACCAGGGUGCGGAGGAUGUGGUGAUGGCGUUUUCCAGGUCGGAGACGGAGGACCGGAGGCAAUAGCGGUGAACCCCUUGGAACACCCUGGAAGCUGCCAGGAGAUCUGUGAGGACCUCGGCCAGCUGAGUGGCGGCAGAUGACCUUCCCGGUUCCCCCUGCCCUUACACCCCCACCCCGCCCCACCCCACAGUCACUCAGAGGGCUGGCAUCGAGGGAGUCACCGGUGGUGCAGUUACAAUUGGCUUAAAGGGACGGACUCCUGAUUGGCUGCAGAAAGAAACCCUUUUAUUUUUAAAUCUUGACCAACAGACACCUUUUAUUUUUAUUUCUGACUUUUUUUUUUUUUUUUUUUUUUAAUUUGCGCCUCGGUGUAUGGCUUCCCAGGAAGCUCUCCGAGAUCUGGUGCUUUAUUUAGGUCACUUUUUAGGAAUGUGAAGAGGCCUGAUUGGCUGCUUAAACUGGAAAAGGAUUUUGAUUGGCCGGCUAGUGGGAAAUGGUUUUUUUCUUUGAUUGGCUGCAGGUGUUCUGCCGAUAGCGACAGCUUCUCUCUUUUGAAUGCUGAAAACAGGGUUCGGGACAUUGGUUGUUAUAUUUGACUUGAAAAGAAAGAAAAGAAAGAAAGAAACCAAGUGCGCUCUGCAAUAUUUAUUACACAAAGCUUGCUGCUUCCCCAAGUUUUGUUUGUGUUUGCCUUUGAUUGGCUUUUGAGAUGUGUGUUUGGUUUCUCAUUGGCUCAUCCAUGACUCCCGUUGCCACGGGCUGCCCGCACCCCGCGGGGGAUCCACCUGGAGAGCGUGUUUGCUUUAAUGACCGCACCUGGCUGCCCUGGCGAGGGGACCCCCAAGACCUCAUGCAGGGUCUACAGCUGGAAAGCAGAGCCCCCGAGGAGGUUUGUGCCGUCCUGAAGGCGCAGACCAGAGCUUAGAGGUGACCACCAAGCAGGAUUUAUGGGCAUCGCUUCCAUGGGUUGGCAAGCAGCCAGCUCCCCAUGGUGGGGGUGGGGGUGGGGAGUUGUUGAUCCCCAUCUGGGCCUCUUGGGGCUGCCGGUGCUCAGCAGAGGGGCACCACUCUGGGCGGCUGUCUUUUCAGCCCUUCCCUCCAGAUCGACUUCCUGAGGCCUCAUCUGGGGCUCCUCCUGUAAAGGGCAGGAGCUGCUCCCUGCCCUGAGACCCCACAGUGCAGCAGAGGUUUCUGCCUGGGAGCCCAGAACCUCGCAAAGCUUGGCUCACAAGGCUGGGGAGACCUUUGGCUCUAAACCCCCAGCCCUGACCUCCGCUAGCCAGGCUCCCAAGGUGUGGGCCCCUGGGCAGUAGGGCCUGGCCAGCCCUCGGAGUUCUUGGAUCCCAGGCCGGUGCCCCUCACUGCACCGCCUCCGGAAGGGUCUCUCUCUGUGUCAGCCUGGAAUAGACAGAGUCACCAUUUAUUUAUGAAGUGCCAUCUGAGACAGCUGGCCGGGCCUUUGCUGAGCGGGUCCCACCAGGCUGGCCCUCAAGCCAGGUCCCCAGAAACACGUUGCCGAGCAGCUGUAUGUGAAGGGCUGGAAGAAGCCCCGGAUCUUCCCCCCUGUCCUCCCCGUGCGCUUGGGGAUAGCCUGCCCUUCUCCCUGUAUCUCUCACCAGAGUGGAACCUGGGAGGGGAGGCAGAGAAUGAUGCAGGCCUCAGGGACGGGGGCCUCCACCCUUCUCCUGAGAUAGUAAAUGGCUGAGGCCCUCUUUUUGCCCCAGGUAUCCAGAGCCAGGAGAAGACCCUUGGAGCGAAAUCUCCCCCUUCUCAGGGCGGGGGCUGUCAUGGAUCACAGGAGCUGCCUCGGGCCCAUGCGGGCGGUCGUGCUGUGCUCUGAGCAUCGUCUGGGCCUUGCCCCAGAAGGACUUGCGUGUCACAGUAUCCAUGGCCCUGACCUCCUCCACACGCGGGCCCCUGGCCCUGGUCAGCUGACCUGGUUAGGUUACCCUGCAAAGACUGUUGGUGCCCAAGGAACAAGGACCAUGGGGACUCCAGCAGGGGCCUGUGGCAUCUUCUUGCAAGAGCCGUGGCGCGUAUGCGCAUCCGCAAACACGCUCCCAGCUCCGUGGCCUGCAGCCCCAGCUGAGCCCCUGGGGAAAGGGGAGUUUUUUCCCAGUGCCCUCCCCCCAGGCUGUGACAUCUGCCAGCAGGCAUCAAUGGCGUGUUGCCAUUUGCCCUCUCUUUGUACCUGUAGCUCCCAUAAAGGGUCCACGUCCUGGCCAGUGGUGUGUUCUCUGUCCCAGCCUGCCCUCAUCAAGGUCACGGGCCUGCCUCUUGUAACAGCGAUGGCCGUGAUCUGUCUGAACGGGAGGAGUGAAGGUGUUGCUGUGGCUCCAUAUUUCGAUGAAAAAUA